UUACGAAAUCUUGCGCAGUAGAAUUUUCCUCUUCGGUUCGCGGACCAUUUUUGCUCAAAUUAAGUCAUAUAUUCCUCAUUUCAUUACUUUUUGAGCUUGUUGAUUUAAGCCCGCUUUCUACACUGUAGGAACAUUUCGUUAGCCUUGUAGCAUCGUUGGCUAAGUUUUAUUUGAACAUUUUCAGAAAACAGGAAGACAUUUUUUUUUUUUAGCAAGGACAUCAGUAUCAUCAAUUGAUAUUCUAACAGUAAUCCAAACGACUUGCAAUGAUGCCGUGAGGCUAGCGAUUUGUAUCAAUGUAUACUACCAGUAACAUCCAUCACAUUCUGGUUACUUUUCCGGUGGGUGGUUUCGGGCGAGCUUUGUUCACCUGUUUUAUGGAAUCUUGCCAAGUCACACUUUCCUGUUCUGUUGGCUGAAAAUGUCUUCAAUGAAUUAUUUUCAUUUUUUUUGGGAAACAGUUUUAUCUGUGUUAGGAUAAUUUCAUUAGUCUAACAGCAAAGUUGCUGGUUUUAUUUGAACGUUUUCUUAAAACGCCAGAGUUUUAGUAAGCACAUCGGUAUAGAUAUUGUAACAGUAAUUAAAAUGACAAUUUAUACUAAUACUGACAACUAAAUACUACUGAUUGAAGACUCCAGAUUGCCCUUCGGUGCGAAUGUGCACGCGAAUGGUUGUUUGUUUCCAUGUGCCCUGCGAUUGGCGGGCGACCAGUUCAGGGUGUACCCCGCCUCUGGAGCCGAAGAUAGCUGGGAUAGGCUCCAGCACGCCCGCGACCCGAGUGAGGACAAAGCGGUACGGAAAAUGGAUGGAUAAUAUGCCAUAUUUGACUACUUGUUUUUUUACAGUGUGGGCAAAUUUAUAGUCAUUCAAAUACCGGGACUGUCUAUAUAACAGUCACUUUUUCAGUGGGUGGUUUUGAGGCUAGUUAUAUACAGUACCAUUGCAUUGACUUGUCAUGUCAGGUUUUCCAUUUUGCAUAGAUUACAUAACAUUCCUUAUUUCAUUACUCCCCACCCCCUUGUUUUUUUAAGCCCAACUUUUGCACUGUACCCAUACAGUAACACUGUUCAAGUCAAACAAGAGAUAAGCCUUAACACCAAGUAGCACCCGGGUCGUUGCCAGACGAGUGGCACGAUGUGCUUACGUAACCGUAGCGCUUGUAUAAAUCCGGACGAGUCCAGGAAACGCAGUCUCUUCGAUGAGCGAAAUCAUGCAGUCGGCGGAAUUAAAUCGCAACAGCCUGCUGCCGGCCUUGAGGAGCUACAGCUCGGCGGUGAGGAACAUGGAGCAGACGGUCCUCCUGCCCAGCCUGCUGCGAGACGUCCCCGCCGAGGAGGACCGAGAGGCGCCUUCCCAGGAUUUGUACGGCGACUACCUGAUGCUCAAGUCGGUGAGGAACGCAGUGGAGAGCGGACUGGCGCAACCCGAGGACAAGAGUAAGUCCAAGGUCCGCGUGAGCGAGGUGCUGCUGGAGCCGGAGAGCCUCCUGCGCUUCCACCUGACCGGACUCUUCGCCGUCGUCAGCCAGCUCACGCGCAGGAGCCACAGGCUGACGCAGAAGUACCUGGACAUUGUCGGCAUCUCCAAUUAAAUGGGGACUUAUUUGAAUAGGUGAAAUCCAGAAGUUAAUUUGUUCUUUUUUUUAACAGAAUACGGUAGAAUGAACACAACUACAGCAACAAACCCUAUGAUUAUCAGAACUCAAGCUAAGAAAACCAUCACAUUGGACUGUGUUGAUGCAAACUUUGACCAUUUUCUUGCAUUUGGACAGAGGGGAAACAGUUCGGUUCGGUCAAUGACCCCAAAAGGGGGUCAAUAGAAGGUAGAAUUAACUGAUAUAGAAGUGGUCAUUCUGACCCGUUUACACCAGUGAGCUCCUUUUCAAGUACCAUCUCCCCCUAUAUUGUUUUGAUUGUCCUUAUACUUCCGGGAAUUGUUUGUGUCCGUCCGGGUGAUGAGUAAAGGAACGGGUCACUCUGCUCAAACUGCCUGCUCGUCAUUCUUUCAUCCACAACAGGGAAAGUGGUCGACGGUCCCAAGCACUGUCUGCAUUUCCACAGGUUCCCGCUGAAACAUGCACCUGUUCUUUGGGAAAUCUCCAUACAGUUAAGAGUAAAAAAUUUGGACAAGCGAAUAAAACAUUGAACAUGA